AUGGACUUGGCUGCCACGGAGGAACCUGCAUUGGAGCCCUUAGUUCCAACACCAAAACCCAGCGCUAGAAAAUCCCACAAAAAAAAGAAAAAGUCCACGAAGAAUGCUGAAGCCCGUAAAAAUGUUUCUAGUAAGUCGAAGUCUGGCAGCCAGGAUGAGGAAGACGAGGAUGAACUGCUUGAAAGAGCGCAGAUUCCCCAGAAUUCGUCUCCGACGACGACAGCAACAACCAGUGCAGUAAACAGGGCUGACGUGCUCGCUUUCAAUAAACGCCUACUAGAUUAUCGUGCUGAGCUGCAGAAGCAGUUUGGAACUGCGACCACUGGGAGAAUCCCCUUGUCGACCGCGAACAGGGAGCCUCGCGGCGUUUUCGGUGCGUUAGUUCGUGCCAAUCUCACCUGGCCACCUCUGGAAUACGCCCGUCAACAAAAGGCUUUCUACGCCCUCCAGGACAGUGUUGACCCAAACCACAUAUCGUUGUUACUUUCAAAAGCCCCCUACCACGUUGACAGUUUGCUGCAAAUGAGCGAAUACCUUAUGCACUCUGACAAUUCAGAAGUAGCAGUAGACCUGCUGGAGCGUGCCCUGUAUGUGCUGCAAUCGGCUUUCCAUUUGUCUUUCAAUUUCUCCACGGAAAACUGCAAACUGGAUUAUAGGAUACAAAAUAACAGGAGUCUCUACAUAGCUCUCUUCCGUUACAUCUUUUACAUCGCUACGCGAAGCUGUUAUCGAGCUGCUCUGGAAUAUAGCAAACUACUUCUUUUGCUCGAUCCACAAAGCGAUCCCCUGGCCAUCCUGCUCGCAGUCGACUUCUUUGCCAUCGCAGCAGAAGACUAUGAGUUUUUGCUGAACUUAUACGCCGAAUGGAAUGUACGUUCUAACCGAAGGUGCCUUUGCUAA